AUGCGUGCUGGAGUAGCAAUCAGCUUGCUGCUGACAACUGCAGGCUCAGUGUUGGGCGAUCAUCGACACUCCAAAGACUCCAAGUGUUCUAACAAGGGCCAUGGCGCCGGCCUCACUAGCCAUGGUGGCGAUUGGCAACCCGACAUCUAUCUCUCUGUUACAUAUGAGAAGCAAAAGGUGGCAUGCUCGGAGCGCAUGUCUGUCUUGGUGAACGGCACGUCCCCAGCACCAACGCUCCGAAUUCCCCCUGGAAAAACCACAUGGAUUCGGGUCUGUAACAACAUGGACAAUCACAACACGACCAUUCAUUGGCAUGGUCUUAGCCAGCGUACAGCACCAUUCAGCGAUGGAACCCCCAUUAGUCAAUGGCCAAUUGCACCCCAUAGAUGUUUCGAUUACGAAGUUCACCCUGAGCCUGACGACUGUGGAACGUAUUUCUACCAUUCGCAUUAUGAAUUUCAAGCCAUCUCCGCCCAAGGAGCGCUCAUUGUCGAAGAUGCCCAAGCGCACCCAAUCCCCCAUGACCAUGAACGUAUAGUUUUUGUUCAGGACUUUUACAAAAAGACUGAUGACACAAUCGUGUCUGGACUUACAGCAACACCGUUUGUUUGGAGUGGCGAAGUGGAUUCAGUACUUAUCAAUGGUGUUGGUGUGCCCAAUAAUACAGUCGCUGGCCACGGCGAUUGUCAACUGCCUGUCAUCGAGGUACAGCCUGACACAACCUACCGCUUCCGUUUUAUCGGCGCAGGAGCCAUAUCGAUGGUUCAAAUCGCCUUCGAAGGCCACACCGAUCUCCAAAUCAUCGCAGCAGACUCUCAAUACACCAAACCUCACAAGAUCGACUACAUUCAGGUUGCACCAGGACAGCGAUUCGAUGCGAUUAUUCAUACAAAGUCGGCUGCGGAACUUGCUCGCGCUAACAAAACGGAUUUCUACAUCCAGUUUCAGACCCAGGACCGGCCAAAGAUCUACACUGGCUAUGGUGUUCUGCGCUACCCUGGUUCUGGAACCAAGAUUACUACCCAGCCUGCUGUCAAGCCUUUGAACACGAGACACCCUCCUUAUGACUACCUUGAGUACACUCUGGAGCCCCUGAAACCCAACGAUUUCCCGCAAGCACAUGAGGUCACCCGCCGUGUGAUCAUUGACAAUGUGCAAGUUAUGAACAAGACUAUUGUCUGGGACCAAGACGGCCUUAGCUGGACCGAAAACCUUCCCCAGAACAGUCCUCCUUAUUUGGUAAACAUUUACAAGAACGGCCCCUCUGCCAUGCCAAACUAUACUGCGGCACUAGCGAACAAUGACUGGGACCCAAAGACGCUCGCAUGGCCCGCCAAGAUUGGCGAGGUGCUCGAGGUCAUCAUCCAAAACACGGGAAGUAGAGUUAAGAACAACGGCGGUGUUGAUUCCCACCCGUGGCAUUUACACGGCCAUCACGGCCAUGACUGCGGAAGAGGACCAGGCGUCUAUGAUCCCGUUGAGAACGAGAAGAAACUAAAAGGCUACAACCCUGUGCUGCGUGACACAACAAACCUGUACCGCUACAACGCUCAGGGUGUGGCCGGAGAAGUUAAUUCAUGGCGAUGUUGGAGAAUCCGCGUCAAGAAUCCCGGAUGCUGGAUGUUCCACUGCCACAUUCUUCAGCACAUGGUCAUGGGCAUGCAGACAUCCUGGGUUUUUGGAGACUACAACCAGAUUACUGCUAUCCCGUUCUCCGGCGCCCAGGGAUAUCUGGAGUACAAUGGAAACGCAUACGGAAGCUCAGAUAAGUCACCGGUUGUCUACGAAUACUUUCCCAAGGAAUCGAAGCAGAAGCCCUAG